UGCUUCGAAUGCGCGCUCCGUCAUCAUGUCGAGGCUCCUGGCGAACGCUCUACGCCGAAGCCAGUAGCAGAAACCUUGUUUGCAUCAAGCGACCUUAUCGGUGACUCAUCGACUCCCCUGAACAGUCGCGGAAGGCUCGCGCGGAUGGACGCACGUUAUAUGCUUAUCGGGUGUGCCCAGCAAGUGUUUGGUGUUUAUCGAAGCUGAACCGUGUCGCGAGAAUCUUGCCGGGACAGUUUUUGGGGACAACUAACGCGUCGCCACGAUGUCGAAAUAUCGGCACGUCGUCUCCCCUCUUGCACGGUCCUCGACGCUCAACGAUAGGUACGUGCGUCGCCUUAUCAGCGUGCCAAAUGAUUACUGCUCUAAUCAUCUCGACUCGUAGUCAAUCGCAAGUAUUGCGGGAACAGCAAGAACUGGAUUCCAACCGCCGUUGAAGACAUGUUUUGACCUCAUUGGACGAAGUAUUCGCUCUGCUGCAUGCAGUGGUCACCGACCCUUCCCGAUAAGCACGUAAUCACUUUAUCGCGGCACCUAGGGAUCGGAAAUCGCAGUUCAAGCAUGUCAGUCUCCGCGGGAGCAACAGGCGAGGACGCUAGUGAACCCGUUACCAUGGAGGUACGAUACUUUAUCAGUGAGGCCUCUGUCGCUUCCGUAUAGCGUAGCCAACCCACCACAACGGAAAAAGACGGCACGGCACCUUAUCUUCUACGCAUUGAUUAAGAGUCCAUAACAGCGUGCAGCGUAUCUCUGGCGAAGUCCUCGGAGUGCCCCCAGUGGCACUGAGCUCGUCGCAACGUCGCUGCCGACAUCGCUCGUCGAGGCGAUGGCACCUCGGAGCUCGUACACACUGCUCGGAUACUCGCGAGACCUCGACUGGAGGCCCACGCGGUUCGUGGGUCCCGUGCCUUCGGUCCGGGUGUGCAGCCUGUGCGGCCUCAUACCGGAGGCGACCGUGCAGCUUCCCUGCGCUCACGUGCUUUGCCGCCUCUGCUUCGACGGAUGCCUCCGCCAAGGGGGCGUGUGCCCCAUCGACGGCCAGGGCUUCGCGCGCGAUGACGCCGAGUGGAUAUCGCUGUCGCUCGAGAGCUUCAUGCGGAGGAAGGUGCGGUGCUGGAAUGACGUAAACGGUUGCGACGCCGUCAUCGAAGUCUCCAAGAUUGCCGACCACUUCAGCAACGAGUGCGCCUUCCAUGCCACUUCCUGCUCGAGGUGCGGCUCUACGGUUCUUCACCGGGACGUCGUCGAGCACCUCAAGUCCGGAUGCCGCUCAGCCGUCGUGCCGGGCACGACAGUCCCGGUUAUGAGCGACGCCCAGAGCCAGUGCAGCGAAGUCGUCGAGCACCCCAACUCCGGAUGCCCGGCAACCGUCGUGCAGGCCACGACUGUUCCGGUCACAUGUGACGCCCAAAGCCAAUGCAGCGAAUGGAUCGCCACGCACUUGAAUGGACAGGCCGAGAAAGCCUUGGAACAGGCCACCGUGGCGCUGGAGCUCGCGUCUGCGCAGAAGGAGUCUCUGGAAGCCGACCUGAAGGAGCUCAAGGAACUCUUGGCACAGAGCUUCGCUGUUCUGACGGCUAUGGAGAAAAGUUCGGCGGAGGCCCGGACUGAGAGUUCAGAAAGCUGCGGCAAACGACGCUCCGUGAAGCAUCGAGAGGGUAAUGGCAGCUUGGCCAAGCAGCUUCGGGAAGGCAUCGGUGAAGUACUGAGGGCGUGGAAGGACUACCAAGCCAGGCGACUGAACCCGCAUCGCAGUGAUUCGAGCGAGAGUUGCAGCGACAAGUCCGAGCCCUCCGUGGCUCCGCAGGGUCCCGUCCCUUGCAGCAUCUGUCACGACUGGUGCGUCGGAAGCUACGCGGCGCUCAAAGAAGUGGCACUCAGGGACGGCACAGCGGAUGUGCCGAGUAGUUCUGGCUACUUCUUCGGCUACCGCAUCGAGCCCAUGAUCCGCUUCAAGACGCACGGCAGUAGCCUCAGGAUGCACUUCGGGCUGCAGGUGCUCCGCGGCGAAAAUGACCAGCAACUCCUGUGGCCGUUCCACCACUACGUGCGACUCUGGCUGGUGGUGCCGUCGGGUGAUGCGAGCAGCGGCUUGCCGCUGGAGAUUGUGCCGGAAACGGUCGACGGCCGGCUCUACGCCAGGCCCGCCGAAGGCUCGCGCGGCAACGGACCCUGCUUAAGCGCCGCCUCGGUCGACCUCAGGGCGCUCGAAUCUGGUGGCUACAUCGAGCACGACAAGCUCCGGCUGCGCUUCGAAGUGCUGCCGUGACGCGCGACGUAACGUGCUGGCAGACAAUCGCGCCCUGUCAGUUAGUGUAUGCGGUGAUAGAAAGAUAGUUUGUUGAUAAGAAAGCUAGAGUGGUUCGUCCCAGCUAGAGUGCAUGACCAUGCUGCACUUCACCGGGAGGAGGAAAUGGGAGCUGAGGAAGUGAUCUGUGCUGAUCACGAUGAUGAUGCUGAGAAGGAGACGAAAGAUGAGAGAGUGUGUAUGUAGAGCUUUAGUGGGGACCAGCCUGGAAGGUAACACGUAAUUUACAUUCGAUGUUGUCAACUGUACAUGACAAUACCCUGAAACCUAGAACGUACAAAUGGCACAGUCUUGAACAGGACAUGUAUUUACAGUAAGGGUUCGCGAGGGGGUUCUACAGCGACGCUCCUACAGUAAUAUUUCCUUGAGGGGCUGCUUUUCUUUCCUUUCGUCCUUGCGCACACUAGGUCUUAAAACUAUCUCUCUAGUCACUCAAUGCAUGCAAAAUUUUCUAACGUGGCGUUCGAUGCCAGUUUUAGGAUGCAUGAUCAGGCCAUGGGCCCAAGACGGCGACGUCGGGCAGUGGUUGCCUGGCGACAAUUUCGUUAAAAAAUAUAUCACUUACGUGCCUUCGCGAGGUACGAAAGUAUAGUAACGCUUCUGUUAGCAGUAGUAGUCGAUGCCUAAAACGAGGGUAGUCGACCAUGCGAGACCUCAGAAUGUUUGCUACUUCAAGUUUCAGCUGACAUGCCCAUAAGGCAUUCUGUACUCGCGUAUUGAUUGCAAUGAAUGUAGCCGUGUUGCGUCGCUGCCAAUCGUUACAUAGCUAGACUGUGCCUUCCUGAUGUAUUUUAUCUCGCCCUGAAAGGCACCUUAGUUUACGUACCUGCUCAUCGUAUCUGAGUUUGCAUAAGCCACUGGACUGCAGUCUAACGUUCACCCGUCUACAUUCGAUCAUGUUUCACCUUUUUUUCGACAAAGCGUCAGGGGACUUGAACGAAGUGCCCACCGAGGCAGAUCCACUGGCCACGCCGUCCGCCUUUCAAUGAGUUCAUUCAGACAAAUAUAGUGAACGCAUACAAGCCUUUCAUAUGCCACUCAAACCUUAUAUAUUACUGUCUAUCAAAUAUUUGCCGUACUCAUGAGUCAAUAAAGAAAAAAAUAGA